UAAUAGUUGUUGUCUGACACUCACACAUCUUAACAGCCCACACUACGUAUUGCUGCUGCCCACAUUACCUCCCACUGCUGCCCACACCACCUCCUACCCUCCUGCUGCUGUCCACACCUCCUGCUGCUGUCCACACCUCCUCCUGCUGCUGUCCACACCUGCUGCUGCUGUCCACACCUCCUCCUGCUGCUGUCCACACCUCCUCCUGCUGCUGUCCACACCUGCUGCUGCUGUCCACACCUCCUCCUGCUGCUGUCCACACCUCCUCCUGCUGCUGUCCACACCUCCUCCUGCUGCUGUCCACACCUCCUGCUGCUACCAUGGCAACAAGAAACCUUUCAGUUGUGGUCUAUGCCAAAAAUGACCUCAGAAUUGAAAAUCGUCCCAUUCCGGAGCCAGGUCCAGAUGAGGUGCUCCUGAAAAUGGCUAAAGUUGGCAUUUGUGGAUCAGAUGUUGCCUACUGGACUAAAGGAGCUAUUGGCCAUUUUGUUGUAAAAGAGCCAAUGGUACUCGGUCACGAGUCUGCUGGUGUGGUGACAAAGUGUGGCAAGAAUGUCACCAGUCUAGUGCCAGGUGAUCGUGUUGCUAUUGAACCCGGAGUUCCAUGUCGUUUGUGUGAUUUCUGCAAGAAGGGCAGAUACAACCUGUGUCCAGAUGUUUACUUCUGUGCAACACCACCCGACAAUGGAAACCUCUGCCAGUACUACACACAUGCUGCAGAUUUUUGUUUUAAGUAAUUACUCACCUUUGUAGGAGGAGCCCACAUGGAACCAUUAAGGAUGGAUGUUCAUGCUUGUGAAGUGCAGGAGUCACUCUUGUCAUCCGUCUUAAUUUGUGGUGCAGGACCAAUUGGACUCGUUAAUUUACUUGUAGCUAAAGCUAUGGGAGCCACUAAGGUGUGCAUCACAGAUAUUGCUGAAAAUCGCUUGAAAGUUGCAAAGGAACUUGGAGCAGACUACACAGUUCUUGUCAAAACGAGUGAUGCUGAGACUUUGGCACAAGAAGUCAAAGAAGUAAUGGGCAUGCCAGACAAGACAAUAGAGUGUAGUGGUGCUGAAACAAGUAUUCGUCUUGGAGUUCUGGCUACAAAGUCUGUGGAGUGAAAGUGUUUGACGCCAUGGUCCAUGAGAAGUAAAAAAUCUGUGGUAUUGGCAGCUGCUGCUCGGGAAGUUGACAUCAGAGGUGUAUUUCGAUAUGCCAACAAUUAUCCAUCAUCUUUGGCCAUGGUCGCCUCAGGAAAGAUCAAUGUUAAAUCUCUCAUCACUCAUCGAUUCAAACUAGAGGAAGCUGACAAGGCAUUUGAAACUGCUCGCACUGGUGCAGGAGGAGCCAUUAAAGUCAUGAUUUCCUGUGAUUGACUUCAACAUAUUUAGAAGUGAACAAUUAUGAUAAGUGAAUAUUGAAAAAUAUAAUUAAGUUUUUACAAAUAUAUUCCAGAUUAAGGUAUUUCAACUUGUAGACCACAGGCCCUUUAUUGCUUGCAGGGCCAUCAGGGAGGUCUGUGGGAAAGCCCUGUUAGUGUUAAUGUGCUUCUUUAAUCAAUAUCCCAUAUUAUUCAGGCAGUAACAGGUUAAAAAACAAAACUUAUUAAAUCCAAAUUUUGAUGAAAGUAGCAUGAAAAAAUACCUUCAUCCUGUAACAAAGAAUGAAGAUUAUUAUGUAAAUAGGGUAGUACAACACUGCUGUGGCCCUGGUUUCCUGGAAGUGAGCAAAAACCUAACCACAUUAGAGGACUGGUCCCCUCAAGGGAUGCAGUGAGAGGU